AAGUAAAGACCGGCGGGUGACAAAUAAAGGGUCACCACCAGGUGAGGUUAGAUAUAAGUUUAUGUUUUCGUGGAUUUAUCAGAUAAACCUCAGCUGAAGCCCAAAAAGGGGUUUUAGAAACCGGUUUCCACUCUGUCGUUUAAUCUUCAUCUUCAUCUUUGUCUUGGGUUGUACAAGUUUCCCUACAUAAAUACUUCAACAGAAGAUGGCAAGCAUGAUAUCUACAGCAAGUCUUGGCUACCUCUCUUUCAAGAGACCCAACAGGUCCAACAAUGGUGUUGGGGCAACUUCAGGCAGUGGAGUAAAAGCAAUGCGAGCGGAGAAACCAUUAGAGGAACUUUACAGUGUGAGGGUUGAAAGGAAAGUGCCAAAAGAGCGACUGACAGAGCUUGGGGUUUCAAGAUGGUCAGUAUGGAAGACAGGGAAGUGUAAAUUGGCAUGGGACUGGCAAGUUGAUCAGCUGGUCUACAUAGAGGAAGGGGAAGUAAGGGUAGUCCCUGAAGGCAGUGACCGGUUUAUGCAAUUUGUUGCAGGGGACCUUGUUCGUUAUCCCAAGUGGUUCGAAGCUGAUCUUUACUUCAAUGGUCCAUACCAAGAGCGCUAUAGUUUCCGAGUUUACGGGGAUGAUCAGUAAUACCUUCAAUUUGCAUGCUUGCUUAGGUUCAGUAUCUCUUUUUCAUUCCACCAUUCAUGUUUUUGUGUGUCAUCAUGCUCUACUUUUCUUUUCUUUUUUGUUGUCUUCAUUUCGCUUUUAAUAUUAUAAGAUCUACUCCCUCCUAUAGAAA